CCAGUCCCAGCAGCAGACUCUCCAGCUCCAGAGCCUGCAGAGGCGCACUCGAUGAUCACACAACACUCAACAUGACUGCCGACAUGCAGCUUUGUCCUCCGUCUUCAGGUUCAUAUAGGAGACAAAUGAUUAUAUCAGCAGCUUGAGUCUGCAGAUUAUGGUCAUAAAUGACCUUAUUUAUCUGAGUUCUGCUGUUUUACUUCCAUUUAGAAGUCAAUGGCCUUGAAUUUAAAGUGACUGCAAACUUAGAGAAAAGUCAAAUGGGGACAAAAAAAAAACUGACUGAAGGGUUCCUUUAAUUUAUUAUUUAGAUUUUUGGUUCACUUUUGAAGAUGUGGUUGUAGCAUUCAGGAACAGAAAAUGUUCAACCUGCACAAUGAAUAAAAAAAAAAACACAAUUUGAUCAAAUUGCAUGUUUAAAUUAAGUGUAGAAUUCUUCAGAGUUUAAAAACAAAGUGUUUUAAAAACAGAUAUAAAUGACUUUGAAGCCAUCUAAAUGACUGAAUUCAUUUGACCUUUUGGUAAAGUGACUCCUUGACCCGUUAUUUGUAGAGAAUUAGUGCUACAUAAGUAAACCCAUUUGAUCUUAACUGAAUAACUAACAGAAGACAAAUACAAAUAUAUUCAUUAUUUUUUCCUUCUUGUCGCUUUUGUUUUUUUUUUUUGGAGGUUUUGGUCAGAAGCUAUCUUGGUGGUAUUUGUCCCACAGUUAGAGAAUCGUGGCUUUCAGACAUCUUUGAUCACCACUGUCACCUAGAAGAGGCUGUGUUCAUGUGCUCUAAUCACAUUUCCAUUAAAGCCAUCACAGAAAAGAAGUGGAUGAAAUACUUUCUAAAACUUUUCAUAAUAAAAGCAAUAGAAUAAUGGUUGGUCAGACUAUGUCCGUGUUAAAAAAUAAUGUGGAAUAUAAGCUUAAACUUUCUGGAGAUGGACAAGCAGCUGUGGGGGAAAAGUGGUUGAUGUACGGCAAGAAAUAGGACAAAUAAUCUGGCAGUCAGAAACACAAUCUAAUUAAUGCUGUUAAAUAAAAUUUGGAAAUGAAGGUUUUGUUCUGUGAGAUUUUACACAUUUCAAAUAAAAAAAUGAUUAUAGGAUCUUUUAAAAGAGGAACUGACCUCACAAAUAAACGACCAAUAAAGAGAAGGGGAAGUAGGAAACUGAGCCAGACCACAAGUCUUUGGUAACUUUGCACUUUGAUAUAUUUAGUUGAGUCCUGAUUUUAUGGGUCAGUAAUGACAAAUGAGAGACAGUAAAUCAGUCUGCUGAUUAAGAGAACCACACAGACGUCCGAUCAUCACUGGUCCAGCUUCAAGCAUGAUGCUGCUGCUCUUCCCACUGCUCUUAUCUACAGUACAGACCUGGGCUUACCGCGUGCCGGGUCAGAAAAAGUCUGACUCUUGCCGGUGCGAUGUGAACACCACGAUAUGGUCGUUUCCUGCUCUGAGGUACGAGGCUGUGCAGCAGCAGGUUGAAACCUGCGAGACGUCUCUGCACGGCCUGCAGCAGCAGGUGUUGGUCUCCAGUCAGCGUCUCCCUGACAUUCAGGUUCAAAUUUCAAACCUGACAGCACGACUUGAGCCGUACCAGUACCUGCAUGACCGCGGACUGUACACAGCGCUGUCCAUCCGUCUGCUGGGCCAGGAGCUCAGCCAGCUGGAGACGGACAUCACCGUUGUGCACGGCCAGCUAAACAACGACCAGUCACAGAAACUCCACAAAGAGGUGGGUAAAUUGCGAAAAGAUGUGAUAAAGAUGCAAACAUCGGACACGGUGAACAUGAAGACAGUCAAGGAGAAACUUCGCUACCUGAAGAACAACGUCGAGUCCUGCAAGUCGAUCCCCAAAGACUUCAGAGGCCAGAACAGGUACUGCAUGAAGGGCCUAAUCACCAACAUCAGUGAACCUGUCACGACCAAAAUCAACCCCUAUGACAAAAACCACGUCUCUGGAUCAUGGGGCAAACAGGCGCAGAUGGACAGCGAGUCGGACACAGAGACCUACUGGGUUCAGACCCUAACCAGCAGCAACAUCUAUGGAAACAUAGUCCGCCUUUACCAAACCUACAAAGACUUCAUGCGUUCUGCCAACCACAGGGACGCUACUUUCUCCUCCUCCGUCACAGCUCCCACCGCCAUUGAGGGUCCUAGUGCUGUGCUGUACGGUGACGGUCUGUACUAUCACUGCUACCGCUCUGCAGAUAUCUGCCGCUACGACCUGAAGACCAAUGAGGUCAAGCGGGUAACCCUUCCUGGCACAGGUGUGGGCUUCAACAACAAAUUUCCAUAUUGCUACUAUGAAUGCCGCUCGAAUAGCGACGUGGAUGUUGAGGCUGAUGAAACCGGACUGUGGGCUCUCUAUGCCACUGUUGGCAACCAUGGCAAUCUGGUAGUGAGCAAGCUGUUUUGGGAUGACAACUCAAAGACGAUCAACGUGUCGCAAACCUGGGAGACGAGGCUGUUCAAGAAGGCAGCGACUAACGCUUUCAUGGUGUGUGGUGUGAUGUACGCCACCCGCUACGUAGAUGAAUACAGAGAGGAAGUAUUCUACGCCUUCGACACAGCGACAGGAAAAGAGGACAACUCUCUGGAACUGCCGCUGGAGAAAGUCGCUAAAGGAGUGGCUAGUCUGAGCUACAACCCGGUCGACAGGCAGAUCUACAUGUACAAUGAUGGAUAUCUCCUAGCCUAUCAGGCUUACUUCUGAGUGUUGCCUUUGAACCUAAGAAGAAGAAUAUUCUCCUCAAAUCACAUCUGACACCUUUUUCUGUUGCUAUUCUAAGAAAAAAUGAAGUAUGUUUUAAUAAAAGUCUUGUUUUAAUG